AUGCCAUCAUUAAGCACCCUCAAACUGGGGGCUUUCCUCGGCCUUGCUGCCAUUGCCCCCUCGAUUGAGGCAGCUGACAGCUCAUCUUGCCGUUGUUUCCCCGGGGAUGAUUGCUGGCCGUCAGUUUCGACCUGGGAUGCUUUCAACCAGUCUGUCGAUGGACGUCUUGUGGCCACUGUACCCCUCGCAACGCCGUGCCACACUCCCAACUACGAUCAAACGAAAUGUGAAGCUUUGAAAGAGGACUGGCUGUUGCCAGAGGACCACUAUCAAUCCUCUUCGUCUCUGAUGGCUCCAUGGUUCACAAAUGGCACAUGCGACCCAUACCACCCUGUUUCUCAGCCAUGCACUCUUGGUAAUUUCGUCCGAUAUGCGGUGAAUGUCUCCACGCCUGCCCAUGUGGCCAAGACAUUGCAAUUUGCCAAUGAGCACAAUAUCCGUUUUGUUAUUCGUAACACCGGCCAUGACUACAACGGAAAAUCCACCGGUGCAGGUGCUCUUUCGGUCUGGACACACCACCUUAAAGGUAUCGAAUUCAAGGAUUGGAAGGACGAACAUUACACAGGAAAGGCUGUGAAACUCGGAGCAGGUGUCCAGGGUUUUGAGGCCUAUGAGGCAGCCAACGCGCAGGGGCUUCGCGUGGUAGGUGGAGAGUGCCCUUCCGUCGGUAUUGCUGGCGGAUAUAGCCAGGGAGGUGGUCACUCUUUCCUGUCGUCGAUGUAUGGACUGGGUGCGGACCAGGUCCUCGAGUGGGAGGUGAUCGAUGGUACUGGUAGGCUCCUCGUCGCGAACCGUCAAAACAACACUGAUCUCUACUGGGCACUGUCUGGUGGCGGCGGUGGGACCUAUGGUGUUGUCUGGUCUAUGACCUCUAAGGCUUAUCCCGAUAGUCAGGUAUCUGGUUUGAACCUGACGUUCACCACCACUGGCAUUUCUGACGACACGUUCUACAAAGCCGUGGAGCUCUACAAUGCUCGUUUGCCUUCUUUCGUGGAUCAGGGUAUCAUGAGUCUGAACUUCAUGACCAACGUCUCCUUCUCUCUCUCACCGAUGACUGCACCUGGUAUGCCCCUGGAGAAGCUCGAGAGCCUUAUUAAGCCAUUCCUCAAUGAACUGAAGGCCCUUGGCAUCAAGUAUCAAUAUCACGCGGAGAGUUUCCCCGCUUACCUUGACCAAUUCAAUGCCCAGGCGCCACUCGUUGAAAUUGCAGUGGCCCAGUAUGGCAGCUGGCUCCUCCCCCGGUCUGUCGUCGAGAACAACAGCACUAACCGUGAACUGAUCCAGUCCUAUCGGACUAUCCUCUCUACGGGUGCUAACUUCACCAAUGUGGGUCUUAAGGUGUCAAAGGAAGUCGCUGGCGACGUCGACAACGCCGUGAACCCGGCAUGGCGCAAUGCAAUUUCCCACAUGCUUCUGUAUACCGGCUGGGAGUUUGACCAGCGAGAGAAGAUGGUUGAGGCGCAGAAAUUGAUGACCGAGGUCUUGGUCCCUGCCUUCAGCAAAUUAGCCCCGGAGUCUGGCGCUUACUUGAACGAGGCCGACUUCCACCAGCCUGACUUCAAGACUGCCUUCUUUGGCAACAACUACGACAAGCUCCGCGCAAUCAAGGCCAAAUACGAUCCCAACGAUCUCUUCUAUGCGCUGACAGCUGUUGGCUCUGAUGAGUGGACCGUCUCGGAAAGUGGAAGAAUGUGCCGUGUUUAA